GGGUCAAUAGGAACAAGCUAGGUUGUCACAUCCAGGGCAUAGAAAAAAGCGAAUAAGUAAACAGCAACUCCAUCUCGCUCUUGCCAAUCUCCUGUCUUUUUUUUUUCCACUUCCCUUACCCCAAGAUCCGAAUUCCCGACUUCAAAACUCACCAAGAUAAAACCCCCCCUCAUCAAUCUCGGAUUUGCAAAAUAAAUUAAAAACAAAUGUCAUUCAAACUCCACCCCUCAAUCGACAAUGGAAUAAAACAAGGCUCCGACUCCUUUUCCGGCGGAACACUCCACUGCCACUGCCAAACCUCCCCAAUAACCAUAACACUCUCCAGCAAUGUCCUUCACAACCACGCCUGCGGCUGUUCAAAGUGCUGGAAACCUUCCUCGGCAACCUUCUCCAUCGUCGGUGUCAUCCCCCGCUCUGCUCUAUCCAUAACUUCCGGAGCAUCAAAACUCUUCAUCGUGGAUGAAGCAGCGGUGAUUCAACGUCACGCUUGUAAAGAGUGUAAAGUGCACAUGUUUGGACGUAUUGAGCAGGAGCAUGCCUUUUUUGGUUUGGAUUUUGUGCAUGUCGAGUUGAGUGGGGAGAUCGGGUGGCAGGAGCCGCGGUUUGCGGCGUUUGUGAGUAGUACUAUUGAGCAAGGGCUUGUUGCUCCUGAGGAGGCGGAGGCGGUUAGGAAGCAGUUGAGGGGUUUGGGGUUGGAGUGUUAUGAUAGUUUGAGUCCGGGAUUGAUGGAUGUCAUUGCUGCGUUUGUGGCCAAGAAGAAUGGGACUUUGAGGGCUUCUAAGCUUUGAGGUGGUGGUGGUGGACCUUUUUUUUUCUUUUUUUCUCUUUUUGGAAAACUGGAUGAUUGAAAUUGAACUGUUGAAUGAUGGGAAAUUUGGGUCCUUGGUAUAGCGAGGAGGAUCUUGAGAUAAUGUCUGGCAUGAAGCAAAGACACUGAUCAAUGUACACAUCA